UGGAGGGUUUGCUUCUCCGAGGUCUUGGAAGGGAGUCGGCGUGCGCGCCAUGGGCAAGGCCAGGCCGGCCGCUGCGCGGGCUGGCCCGGCGCAGGCCAAGGGCAAGGCCAACCCCAAUCCGUUCGAAGUGAAAGUCAACCGGCAGAAGUUCCAGGUUCUGGGCCGACGGACGCGCCACGACGUGGGGCUGCCCGGGGUGUCGCGCGCGCGCGCCCUCAAGAAGCGCACCCAGACUUUAUUAAAGGAGUACAAGGAGAGGGACAAGUCGAGCGUGUUUCUGGACAAGCGCUUCGGGGAGUACGAGCACAGCAUGAGCGCAGAGGACAAGAUGCUGAGGAGGUUCGCUCUGGAGCAGCAGAAACAUCAUGAGAAGAAAAGCAUCUACAACCUAAACGAAGAUGAGGAGUUGACCCAUUAUGGCCAGUCCUUGGCGGACAUUGAAAACCACAAUGACACUGUGGACAGUGACAGUGAUACGGAGGAGCGAGGGACAUUGUCUGCGGAGCUGACGGCUGCCCACUUUGGAGGCGGAGCCGGGCAGCAUCACGGGCAGGAGGGCGCGGAGGGCGAGCAGCCGGCCAAGUCGCGCAAGGAGCUGAUUGAGGAGCUCAUCGCCCGGUCCAAGCAAGAGAAGAGGGAGCGCCAGGCACAGCGAGAAGACGCCCUGGAGCUCACGGAGAAGCUGGACCAGGACUGGAAGGUGAUCCGGGCACUGCUGGCCCGCAAGGCGCCCCGGCCGGAGGCCAGAGAACCGGAGAAGCCCAAGCCCGACGCCUACGACGUGAUGGUCCGUGAGCUUGGCUUCGAGAUGAAGGCGCAGCCAUCCAGCAGGAUGAAGUCGGAGGCGGAGCUGGCCAGGGAGGCGCAGGCGCAGCUGCAGCGGCUGGAGGCUGAGAGGCUGCGGCGGAUGCGCGGGCAGGACGGAGAGGACGGCAGGAGACCAGAGCACAGCUCUGCAGACGACCUGAACGACGGCUUCGUGCUCACCAAAGACGACAGGCGUUUGCUGUCCUACAGAGACGGGAAGAUGGACGUUGAGGAGGCAGAGCAGACUCAGGCAGCCGACGGGAGCGAGGAGGCGGGCGAGGGCGCAGAGUCCAGCGGGGAGGACUCGGAGAGCGACGGCCCCGACAGCCACUCCGACCUGGAGUCUGACGCCGAGAGUGACGGUGACCAGAAGCCACAGGGCGAGUCGCGCCAGGCCUGUGGGCUGAGGCCGCCAAGCAGGGACCGCGGAGCUGCUGCCACGGAGCUGCCCUACACGUUUGCAGCUCCCACGUGCUAUGAGGACCUCAAGUCCUUGUUGUCCGGAAGGUCGCCAGAGGAGCAGUCCUUGGUGGUGGAGAGAAUUCAGAAAUGUAACCACCCAAGCCUCGCCGUGGGGAACAAGGCCAAGUUAGAGAAGCUCUUUGGCUUCCUUUUGGAGUACGUGGGAGAUCUGGCUGCAAGUGACCCGCCAGGCCUCAGAGUGGUUGAUAAGCUGGUUGUGCAGCUGUACAGUCUUUGCCAGAUGUUCCCUGCAUCUGCCAGCAGCUCUGUGAGAUUCGUCCUCCGCGAUGCCAUGCAUGAGAUGGAGGCAGCGGUGGAGAGCAAGGGCCGGGCAGCCUUCCCUGGCCUGGACGUGCUCAUUUAUCUGAAAAUUGCGGGCAUGCUGUUUCCAACCUCAGACUUCAGGCACCCGGUCGUGACGCCCGCCCUGGUGUGCAUGAGCCAGCUGCUCACCAAGUGCCGGGUGCUGUCCCUGCAGGACGUGGUGAAAGGCCUGUUUGUGUGCGGCAUGUUCCUGGAGUAUGUGUCCCUGUCACAGAGGUUUAUUCCUGAGCUCAUCAAUUUUCUCCUGGGAAUUCUCCACAUGGCGACGCCAAACCAGCCCAGUCCAGGUUACACUCUGGUGCACCCUUUCAGAGCGCUGGGCCGGAGCUCCGAGCUGCUCCUGGUGUCCGCCCAGGAGGAUGUGGCCACGUGGCAGAGGAGCGGCCUGCCACUGCACUGGGCAGCAGGGCCGAGAGGACAGACGAAAGUGGAGGCCAAUCAUGCCAGGCUGUCCUGCUUGGCCGUGGGCCUGGCCCUGCUGAAGCACGCUCUUCUCCUGUAUCGGGAGCUGCCCGCCUUCCCCGCCAUCACCCAGCCCCUCCGAGCACUCCUGACACAGCACCUGGCAGCCUGCAGCCAGCCCCUUGAGCUCCAGGAGCAGGCCCAGAGCCUGCUGGCCGACCUGGAGGCCCGGAGGCAGCUGCUGCGGCCGCUGACCUAUGAGAAGACCAAGCCUGAGCCGCUGAAGCUCUUCACACCGCGCCUGGUCAAAGUCCUCGAGUUUGGGCGGAAGCAGGGCAGCAGCAAGGAGGAGCAGGAGAGGAAGCGGCUGAUCCACAAACACAAGCGCGAGUUCAAAGGCGCCGUGCGUGAGAUCCGCAAAGAUAACCAGUUCCUGGCCAGGAUGCAGCUCUCGGAGAUCAUGGAGCGGGAUGCGGAGAGGAAGCGGCAGGUGAAGCGGCUGUUGGGCAGCCUGGCCACGCAGGAAGGCGAGUGGAAGGCACUCAAGCGGAAGAAGCACCGGAGAUGACUCACAGCGUCCAGCCAGACUCA